AGCCUCGCUAGCGUCCAGUUGCGGUCAGAUCGUCAAAAGGAAAUAAUACAUCGAGAGUUAUACAUUUUCGUCGUGGUGUGAAGAAAGUAUUAGUGAAGCAACAAAAUGGCUCAGAAAAUCUUCUGCAAUAUAUUGAUCGUGACCCUACUCGUACUCGGUGCCGAUGCCCGACCCUCAGCGGGGGAAGAGGUCAAUGCGGACCCCAGCGAGUAUCAUGGGAAUCUCUCGGUGGAAACAGUUCUGAAAGUGCAGCAGUGCGAGAAGGAUUCCAAUACCAUGGAGCUGUGCAUGAGGUGUGCCAAGGUGACCAAAUCGGAUUUCGUAUACCCCGUUUGCUGUAGCAACGAUGAUGGCAUCAAGGACUGGUGCAGGGAGUACGUGUACUAUGGCAACGAAUAGAACCUGGAUGCGGGACAGGAGGCGAUCCCAACUCUGUAAAUUAUUUCGCCCUUCUGUUUGGAUAUUGGCUGUGAUAAACCACUGUAUUUAUUUUAAAUUAUAUUUAGGAAUAAACAAGGCUAAAUUAGCGUAUUUGCGGUCUUUACCCUUUCCCACUAAAAAAA